AUGUUGGCGAAAAUACUGGCUCUGAUCACAAUUACCUUGUUGCUUCCAUUUGCAGUGGCCUCUCCUCUGCCUACCGCCGUCGACCAUGCAGACAAGGUGGCGGAAUCAAGCGCACUAAGCAUAACAGUCCCUCCAUCGUCCGAGAAUAUCAGACGUGCACCGACAAACUUGGUGCUAAACUUGAUCGGAUGCACUAUGGAAGUUAUCAAUUGGGCAAGUUAUAACCCUGGCAGACUCACGGCUAAGCAGGAUGGAAUACUUUAUGGUUCUAUCAUCCCCAGCGGGGGCUUAUACUUGGCCGUUGACCCACGAGAUGCAGAUAUCAUAGGAAGGGCCUCCAGGUGCCCUGGGGGUACAUUUGUCGUAGUCGAGUAUAAUUUCGUUAGUACUGGCCUUCGUAUUGUCGAUAUGACCGCCGGACAAAGAUAUGAUGAGACAGCUCAUGCUGUGAUUGGGUGGAUAACAGAUUUAUCUUCUCAUUCGUUCACUCCGAUUUAA